AUGUCAGUGCUAAAUAAGGACAGCUUUCAUGAGGGUUUACCUUCUGAGUUAGCGUUAUUUGACCUACCUCCAACUCAGGUCGGUGUUUCUGAUGUAUACUUUGAGGAAAUUCGACCAUUGAGUCAGGUGACUGGUGACAGCCCCAUUGAGUUCAGAAUCAGCGGACAGAAUUCUGUGGACUAUAUAGAUCUGAAAGGAUCGCAGCUGUAUGUGAAACUGAAAGUGACAAAACCCAAUGGAACUGCUUUAAGCGCUUCAGAGAAAACGGGACCUGUAAAUAUGCUUUUGCAAGCUUUAUUUUCAACCACUGAGGUGACUCUUCAGAACAAGGCUAUAAUUACUUGUAACUAUAACGGAUACCGUGCAAUGAUAAAUAGUCUAAUGAAAUACGGAGCUGAUGCAAAGGACUCACAAUUGCAGUCACAGCUGUACUUGGCAGAUGACGCAAAUUCUCCCAAAGACACUGAUCCUUCGUCUUCAAACAAUGGUUUAUUUGAAAGAAGUAAAUUUACAGCCCAAUCCAAAGUGGUGGACAUGCAGGGACCCAUAUUCCACGAUUUGUUUACAUUGAACCGUUACAUGCUGAAUGGAGUGGAUGUGAAACUAAAACUACACAGAAACAUUCCAGCGUUUUGUCUAAGUUCGGGCGAAAGCAGUCCGGAUUACAAGAUCGACAUUUUGGAUAUCUAUUUGCUGGCUCGUAAGAUCAGAGUAAAUCCGGCAGUCAUUUACGGUCACGCGGAAAUGAUGAAAAACACGAAUGCAAAAUAUCCCUUUACAAAGACAGAAUGCAGAGUGCAAAGUAUUGCCACCGGGAGUACGACUUUUUCCUGGGAUAAUAUGUUUUCCGGACACAAACCGGAACGAGUAGUGGUAACCUUUAAUACAUCCAAGGCGGUAACAGGGGACUAUAAAUCAAAUCCUUUCAACUUUUUGAAUUGUGACAUAAAAAGCAUCUGUUUAUAUGCUGACGGGUUGCCUGUAGGUGGGAACCCUUUAAAACUGGACUUUAGUAAAACAACUGGAGCCACAUUCAUGAGAGCUUUUUCCAAUUUGUAUAAUGUAACAGGAACGUGGCAAGAAAAUUUUGGGAAUGAUCUAGACAGGGCAUCAUUCCAAUCUGGCAGUACGUUGUUUGCCUUUCAACUGAAACCCAACUUUGCGCAGCAUGGAGAAUACAUAUCCUUGUUGAAAACUGGAAAUAAAGUUUAA